GAAAAAACGUGAAACUCCGACUCAACCGUUGCUAUUCAAACAUUUCCAUAGAGACUGCUGCUUUUUGAUGUCAGUUAUUCUAAAACUGAAGUUGCAUCCUACAAACAAAUGGAAAUACAGUAAUUAAACAAAUUAAUUGCGGGGUCAUGCUGGGCUGUCUCACACAAUACUGCACAGGUAAUUACUUUAUUACACUGUAAUGUAUUAAAAAAAACACUGAAUCAUAGCCGCGUUACACCUAAACACUCAACCUACAAUCCAUGUUCCCCUCAUCGCUGCCCCGUGAUAAUUCCCUCCGCGUUCAUCCACACGGGCACGCGGCAGCAUCUCAUCAAGUUACUUGUCACUCGUGAAAGAAUACGUUCAUGGAUUGCUCUGGAAUGACUCUGCGCAUACGGAAAGCCACGAGAGCGGGUACAGGAAGACCAAACUGAACGGUGGCUGACUUAACACGUAACGUUUCGUGUGACGAGCCUUCCACGGCCUACGUGAGUAUAGUACCGUGGCAAUUUCUUCAACUAGGCGAUGGGAUUUAAACAAAAACAAACAUUUGGGUGACAUGAAACACCGAGAGCGGGCACUUCUCGACCCUAUCUUUCCAGUUCCUGCACGCAUGCGAUUUCUUUGGACGAGGAACUUCAAGGAAUCGUUGAGGGGGAAGUGUACACAGUUCGCGAUAGACCACGCGUAUGUCGCAACAUUACCACCCCCCCCACGGAGGUGGCGUUAUAAGAGGCGGCACGGCCGGGUGGAAGACUUCACUUCACCAAGCGCGUUGCUUCAUUGCGCGCUCGCAUUUUUGUUUUCUGUGGCCGAUGUAACGCCGACGCAGCAACGCCAGCCAUAAGUCACUCAGUGCAUCUCAAUUUUUUUUAUAUAUAAAAGAGCAAAGGUCCAUCCGUGCUCGGCGUUAACGUCAAAAGGAGUGGGGGAGCUGUUAAUAUUAACCGGCGGUAUCUACAAGAACGUUCAAUCAACUUCCACGUUCAGUGCAGACGCGGCUGCUCUCGCUCGCGACCCCUGUGGGUGAACGCAUGGCACGGCUUCUCAAGCUUCUCGCCUUGCUGCUCACCUUGCUCGUCAACUGGGCCGACUCAACGCCAACUACCAGAGUCACCGACGCGAUGGCGACAGCGCUGAGAAUACUAAGCGAAGCUCCUCUCAUAGAUGGGCACAACGACUGGCCACUGCAGCUGCGCCGGCUGCACCCAGGUGGCAUUCGCGGUGUCAACCUGACCUCCAUCAACUCGACGCAGACCAACCUGGAGCGACUUCGGCGCGGAAAUGUCUCAGCCCAGUUCUGGUCGGCAUACACCAUGUGCAGCACGCAGAGCUUGGAUGCCGUGAGGCUCACCCUGGAGCAGAUCGACCUCAUCCAUCGCGUGGUGGAGAACUCGGCGAUCCUGCGCUUGGCCUUGUCCGCGCAAGACAUCCGCGCGGCGUGGCGAGACGGCAAAGUGGCUAGCCUCAUCGGCGUCGAGGGCGGCCACUCCAUCGACAGCAGCCUGGGCGCCCUGCGCACGCUACACCGCCUCGGCACGCGCUACAUGUCGCUCACUCACGACUGCAACACUCCCUGGGCUGACACGUGGCUUGUGGACGUUGGAAAGGUGCAGCCAAGGAGCCAUGGCUUGUCAACUUUUGGAGAGGUGGUGGUGCGGGAGAUGAAUCGUCUGGGCAUGAUGGUGGACCUGUCGCACACGUCCCUGGCCACCGCGCACGCUGCCCUCAGCGUUUCGCAAGCCCCCGUCAUUUUCAGCCACUCGGCGGCCAAGCAGCUGUGUGACAACGGGCGCAACGUGCCGGACGACUUGCUCGAGGCGCUGGCCUCCAACGGAGGCAUCGUCAUGAUUAACUUCUACAACAAUUUUACUUCAUGCGGAGGCGCGCCCAGCAUCGCCACCGUGGCUGAUCAUUUCGACCACGUCAAGAGCGUCGCGGGAUACACGGCGGUGGGAUUCGGGUCAGACUUUGAUGGAGUAUUGAGCUUUCCCGAUGGUCUCAAGGACCCCUCUGGCUUCCCAUUAUUGGUGGCCGAACUCGUGCGGAGAGGUUGGAACGAAACCGAGCUGAAGGCUGCGCUCGGGGGCAACGUCCUGCGCGUGAUGGAGCAAGUGGAGGAGGUGAGCCGCAAGCACUCGGAGAACGUGCAAGAAGAUCUGAUUCCGGUGGAUGAGCUGGGGCCCCAGCUUAAGUGCCGCACGGCAUAUGGGCACCCACAGAGGGUGCCCUCCAGGUCACGUGCAUCCCGAGGCCACAGUGCCCGCCUGCUGCUGGCGCUGCCCUCCCUCCUGCUGGCCCUGAUGAACGCUCGCGACGCGCACUCGUGAGGUGGCCGGGUGGCGCAGAGGUCAGAGCGCUCCGGCCGCAACGCUCAGAUCCUGGAUUGGAUUCUGAAUGGCCACACCUCUGGUUAAACGGGGCUCUCAGGUUUAGUGAGUUGCUGAUCUCAGCCCGGUCACCAAUGACUACAGCAAACCUCCCCCCCCCCACCCCCCACUCAUCAUAUUAACAGUUGGUUACGCAUUUCAUUGGCUCAAAUUAAGUGUGCUGAAAUAUUGGGUUUGACUGUCAGGUAAUAAACGUUGGCAUGUGGGAGAGUGCUGCGCCCUCCUGUGCGAAACACGUUCCUGCGGAGGGAGCUGGUAGGGACGUUGGGUUGCUCGGUCAAUGGCCAGGGUCAACGGCGGCACCAC